AUGCGCCUCCAGCGCUCCAUAAGCACAAGCACAAAGAUUCAUAACCCUACGAUGCUGUCGCGCUCGAUUCGAUUCCCCCGAUCUCAGUCUCAAUUUCAGCCAUUCUUCCGCGCGAAAUCCAACCAAGUACGAUUCAACUCUGGAGCCUCAAAGCAAUCUACAUCUACAUCAAAAGAAAGCGGAUCGAUUUCAGCUCGUCUAAAGAAACUAUCACGGGAAUAUGGAUGGGCUGCGCUAGGUGUUUACUUGACACUAUCAGCGAUGGAUUUCCCUAUUUGUUUUGCCAUGGUGCGGUUAUUGGGCGUUGAGCGAAUUGGACAUUUUGAGCAUGCGGUUGUUGAAUCUGUGAAGGGUGUUUUCCCAUCUCUUUUCCCUAAGAAGGAAACUCAGACCGAGGAAGGUGAAGUGGGUGCUAUUGUUGAGGCUGAGAAGUCUAGCCUUGAAGAAGCCAGUAUCUGGACACAGCUUGCAUUAGCUUAUGCAAUCCACAAGAGUGUCUUCAUUUUCGUCCGUGUUCCAUUGACAGCCGCCGUGACUCCUAAGGUUGUGCAGACAUUGCGACGCUGGGGCUGGGAUAUUGGCAAGCGCAAGCCUAAGACCCCUUGA